AUGGGACCAGAAAAUGACAGCCAAAUUUCAGAGUUUCUUCUUUUGGGGCUAUCAGAUGAACCAGAAUUACAGCCCCUUAUCUUUGGGCUUUUCCUCUCCAUGUACCUGAUAGCUGUGUUUGGAAACCUGCUCAUCAUCCUGGUUGUCAGCUCUGACUCCCACCUCCACAUGCCCAUGUACUUCUUUCUCUCCGUCCUGUCCUUUGUGGACAUUUGUGUCACCUCUACCAUCAUCCCGAAGAUGUUGGUGAAUAUACAGACUCAGACCAAAGUUAUAACCUAUACAGGAUGCAUCAGCCAGGUCUGUUUCUCCACACUCUUUGCAGGCUGGGACAACAUUCUCCUGGCCGUGAUGGCCUAUGACCGCUUUGUGGCCAUCUGUCACCCCCUGCACUACAUGGUCAUCAUGAACCCCCGGCUCUGUGGACUGCUGGUUCUGGUGUCCUGGAUCAUAAGUGUCCUGAAUUCCUUGUUACAAAGCUUAAUGGUGCUGCGAUUGUCCUUCUGUACACACUUGGAAAUCCUCCACUUUUUCUGUGAACUCAAUCAGAUGAUCAAACUUGCCUGUUCUGACACCUUUCUUAAUAACUUGGUGAUGGAUCUUUUAGCUAUGCUGCUGGCUGGUGGUCCCCUGGCUGGGAUCCUUUACUCUUACUCCAAGAUAGUUUUCUGCAUAUGUAGAAUCUCAUCAGCUCAGGGCAAGUAUAAAGCAUUUUCCACCUGUGCAUCUCACCUCUCAGUUGUCUCCUUAUUUUAUUGUACGGUCCUGGGAGUGUACCUUAGCUCCGCUGCCACCCAGAGCUCCCACUCCAGUGCUGUAGCCUCAGUGAUGUACACGGUGGUCACGCCCAUGCUCAACCCCUUCAUCUACAGCCUGAGGAACAAAGACAUAAAGGAGGCUCUAGUAAGAUUCUUUGGGAUGGCAGGUAUAAAAGGGACAAUUGUGUUGCUGGUGAAGAAGUGUCCAUGA